AUGAGUGGGUCACUGGCCCAGGUGGGUAGGACAGGUCAUGGGGGGACGUCCGAGGUGGAUAGGUAUGCCAUGGCCGAGGAGGACGUGGAUUAUACCCAGGAGUGGGGGGCUUCUAGAGUGCCCUCAAACAUGAUGGUGAAGAGGUUGGGGGAGCUUAGGGAGAGGGCCUCGAAAGAGGCAUCUACUCAGAGGCCAGAGAAGCCCAAGGAGCCUCGGGGCAAGGAGAAAGUCUCUGAGGAGACUAAGAAGAGGAAGCUGGUGCACAUAUCCAGCUCAGCCGGCAAGUUUGGGACUUCAGUGUCCCAUAGGGCAGAACAAACUGGAGAGUCGAAGCUUCUCGCUGCAGCCUCUAAGGCCAUCAAAAUGGAGAUGGUAAGGGAGGUGGAGGCUGAAGAGGCCAGGGAAGAGGCUGCCAGGCGAGCUGCUGAGGUAGCCGAAGAGGAGGCGGCGAAGGAGAAGCCAGUUCGGGAGAAGGGGAAGUCUCCAAACUUCCUAGCUGGGAGGGAGGAUGAGCUGGCCCCAGCUCUGGUGGAGGCUCUCCCUGAGGAAAUCCGAGGUGCCACCGAGAGCUUUUACAAGUUCUGGACGGAGAGGUGGCAGCUUCAUGCCUCGUCUUGUGAUGCCACCGACCUCACGAGGGCACUGGUGAGCCAAAGCGCCCGGACCUUUGGCCUCGCGCUAGAAUGCAGGGAGGCAUUAAGUGAAUUCCAAACAAGGACUCACGCCUCGGAGGGGAAAGCUGCUUCGCUCGUUGAGGAGGUCAAAGCUGCUAAGGCCGAGGCCGAAGAAAUCAAAGCACAGAGGGCAGAAGAAGCGGCGAAGCUCGAGUCCGCCCUGACCCAAAUUGAGGCCCUAAAGAGGGAAGUAUAUGAGUCUCAGUGCAAGGUGGCCUCUCUGACGAAGAAGGUGGAGGUCUCCAAUGAGCACCAAAAGGUGACUGCCGAGGCUCUGGAGCAGGCGAUCUCGCCUUGGCCGGCGCUCGUGAUGCCAAUCAGUUUCUCGAAGGCUAGGCGAAGUGGUACAUGA